UCAAAUAAAUUCGAUAAUAAUUUUAUUUAAAAAAAAAAACAAUCUAUUAGCUUAACGUUUAUUAAUAUAAAAAAUGCAUUACAAUAGAGGUGUAUUAAGAACUUUAUCUUCCUUUAAGUAUUUUGUUCGUAGUGUAAAUUCUAAUUCAAAAAAUCUUACAACACAAAAAAAGCCACCUAAUAUUUACUUCCUAAGUAAUAUACUAGGUUCAAGCCCAAAUAAAUGUGCAAAAAUUUUGGAAGAAAAUGAGAAGUUAUUUGAUGUUAGUCGUAAAGAUAUUACCAAAACUACUGAAUUUCUAAAAUCAUUAGAAUUCACCGUUGGUGAUAUUGAAUCUAAACCAAUGAUUCUUUAUGUAAAUGCAGCAACUUUAGAAAAUAGAUACGAAACCUUACUGGAGAGUGGUUGUGAUCCAGUAACGAUAUCUAUAUUAUUUAAAUAUGUUACAAUUAUGAAUAAAGAAGUUUCAGUUUUAAAAAAACAUAAAAUUAUCCGAACUGAUUUUGAUGUACAACAUCAAUUAGAAAAAAUCUUCGAUUCUGACGUAAAAAUCAAAUUAAAUGAAAAACUAGACGAACAAUUACCAUUAAGAGUUUUUAGAGAAAAAAUUUUAAAUGCAUAUUUAGUAGAAAAGUUUCAUUUUAACAAAAGCCAAUUAGAAAGACAGUGGAAAGUAUAUGGUAGAAUCCGUCAUAGAAGUUUUAAAUCCAUAUUGAAAAUGGUCAAUAUAUUGACUGAAGAAUUAAAUUUUCCCUUGGAGCGAAUUAUCAAGAAUGGAUACUUAAUUUAUGGUGACCCAGAAAAUUUAAGGAAGUUACUUGAAAUACCGAAAAUUGGAUCAGAAAAUUUUAAAGACAUUUUGUUUAAAAGACCGAAAAUUAUUAUGUCAUCUUACGAAUCGGUUUAUAAUACCAUUAAGCAUAUAAGAGAUUUUGGAAUACCAGAUGAAUCUAUAUUAAAAUGCCCAGAUAUAUUGACAUUAGGUUCAAAUACCGUUCAAGAACGAUUGAAUGAACUUAAAAAUAUUGAUGAACUUCAGGUUUUAAUAAGUAAUCCAAGGAUAUUAAGAUUGGUGCAUUAUCAAAAUAAAGCUUUACAACGUCUUGAUUAUUUAAAUAAUAUGAGAGUUAAAUGUGUGUCGCUACAUAUAUUAAGCUGCGAUUCCGAAGCUUUCGUUAGGUUCGUCCGAGAGGGAACUGAUAAAAAUAAGGGAAAAGACUUAUUAGUAUAUCUGGCUAAUAUAUUUAACUCAACGCAAAAAUAUAUUCGAGAUGAAUUGUCGAAGCAUUCAAAUUGGAGCCAUAUAACUGUUUUACAGGUUAAAGAAUGUUUGGAAUUAUUACAAGCGAAUAAUUUUAAUCUAUCAGAUAUAUUUCCCAAUAUUCAUAUAUUAUUAUAUCCAAAGCAUAAAAUUGAAGAAAAACUGAAAAUUCUUCAAACAGAUGAAUUUUAUAAGGAAAAUCAAUUGAACACAUCAUAUACAUAUGUGUCUUACAAACAAAUAUUGACUUUAUGUUUGUAUCUGAUGGAAAUAGAAUUUCAUUUUACUGGAGAUGGAGUUUGGGCUGAUCAAUAUUCUAAUAAUGUUGAAAAUUUUAACAAUCUGAUACCAGAUUUUUUAGAAAGUAAAAACAAUUUGAAGCGUGGGGAAUCAGUAGAUAAUAAUAUUAAGUCCGAAGCUAUUUUAUAAUGUUGAAUAUUAUGUAAAUAAAUUUUGUUCAUG